GUUCCGCCACACCGCCGCGGCAGCCGCCGCCGUCGCGACGCUCCUCGAGGCCUUCCUCGCACACCGUGCCCGCGCGCGCGUCCAGCGCAUCGCCAUCCACCGCACCGGCUCGACCAUGGUCGACUGGUUCGAGGCGCUCUUCGGCUUCCCGGAGCGCGGUGCGGACGUGCAACAGGUGCUCGUCGUCGACGGCGACGAGCUGACGAGCCCCGUGAACGGCGCGCGCUACGGCAUCGGCGUCUUCGGCACGCCGUCGCUCGGCGAGCUGCGCGCCGAGGUCGCGCGGCUCGCGGCGGCGCGCGAGCGCCCCGCGGGCGGCGCGUCGUCGUUCCGGAACGUGCUCGGCGACGCCGCGAAGUUCCACGGCGACAACCCGGGCGCGACGUUCCAGGUCGCGUCCCAGUUCAACUGCCUCGAGUUCGUCGGCCCGAACGUCGUGCCCGAGGACGGCGUCGCGGGCUACGCGCACGACCGCACGCAGGGGCCCUGCUGCGCGAUCGCGUGCGGACCCGCGACGGUCUACCGCAACUACUUCGCGAACGUCGACGGCCAGGUCGGCCAGACGCGGGAGCGCCAGCUCGAGAAUUUGGGCGACGUGCUCGACGCGCUGGGGCCCGUCGAGGGGUUCGACGUCCGGGGCGGCUACACGCUGGCCGACGACCGCGCGUUGGACCUUCUCUCCGAGAAGAUCGGCGGCCUGGACGCGCGGGCCUACGACGACGUCUGCGCGAAGCUGCGCGUCGGCGUGCAGGUCGGCUGCCAGGUCACGGCGCUCGACUGGGGCCGCCGGCUCGUCGGCGACCGGGACCACGCGGUGACCCAGGUCUUCGGCAGCGCGUGCUCCGUCGCCUACUCGCGUAACGCGCCCGCCAAGUGGAAGCCCCUGGCGUCCCUCGUGCUCCGCGCGUCCUACGAGGCGACGCUGCUCGUCGCGGCGCGGAACGCGCUCGAGCGGCCCGACGACGCCGCCGCGCGGCGCGUCUACCUCACGGCCAUCGGCGGCGGCGUCUUCGGCAACCCGCUCUCGUGGAUCGGCGACGCGGUGUCGCGCGCGCUCGCGGCCGCCGACGCGUUGGCGGGCGUGCCCCUCGACGUGAACUUGGUGACCUACUGCGCGCCCGUGCCCCGGCCCUUCCUCGAGAUCGCCGCGGCGCGCGAGGCGCGCGCGCCGCCGCCGAGCCGGAAGCGCGACCGGUCGCCCGCGCCCGCGCCGGCGACGGAGGCGCCCGCCGCGGCGACGCCGCCGCCGCCGCCGCCCGGCGGCCCCGACGUGUCCCUCGAGGCGCUCAAGUCCGACGCGCCGAAGCCGGACGUGAGCCUCGCGGCGCUCCUCGCGAAGGCGCGCGCCAAGGCGGCGAAGUAGGCGCUACGGCUUAAUCUGCAGCAGGACGC